AGUCCUCUCAGAAGGAGGUGUGACUCCUUCACUCAGCCGUCGACGGAGGAGCAGCUCUUUCAUGAGAGGAUGGAAACCGCUGACCCGACGUGAUCGAUUACAGAUCAAUCCAAUCAGAGGCCUGAUCAUCAGCUGAUUUAAAGUUCGGUGAACUCACUUCCAGUUUGUCUGAUCUGCUGAUUUAAAGAUGAUCGCGAGCCUUGUUGACUGAUUUCAAGUCUGAUUACAAGUCUGAUCGAGUGACUGGACGACUGAUUGAUCAGUUUUCCACCUGAACCUGAUCGAAGAGUCUGACUUUUUUUAUUGAUCUGAGUCUGAUCUGAUUGAAGGCUGGGAAUCCUGAUCACCUGAUUGGAAGUCCAUCUGCUCUGACACCUGAUUGGAAGCCUGAUCAGCUGCUGAGACACCCAGUUAACUAAUUGAUUGAUUGAUUGAUUGAUUGAUUGAUUGAUUGAUUGAUUGAUUGAUUGAUUGAUUGAUUGGAAGCUGUGUUGGGAGUCUGCUUUGUUGCCGUCACCAUGAGCGGAGUUGGGGAUGUGGUGUGCGAGGGCUGGCUGCGAAAAUCACCACCGGAGAAGAAGCUGCGGCGUUAUGCGUGGAAGAGGCGCUGGUUCGUGCUGCGCAGCGGUCGGCUGAGCGGAGAACCGGACGUCCUGCAGUACUACAAGAACCAACAGUCCCGCCGGCCAAUCAGGACCAUCAACCUGAACCUGUGUGAGCAGGUGGAUGCCGGCCUGUCGUUCACAAAGAAGGAGCUGGAGAGCAGCUUCGUUUUCGACCUGAGGACGGAGGAGAGGACCUGGUACCUGGUGGCCGAGUCUGAAGAGGACAUGAACCGCUGGGUGUCCUCCAUCUGCCUGCUCUGCGGCUUCAACCCGACUGAUGACGUUCCAGAGAGACCUCCUGUCUCCGGCUCAUCCUCCGUCACCACGGUGACCUCAACCAGUGGCACUGGCGCCAUCACCGCGGUAGCGGGCUCAGUCCCACCCCCUUACGACCCGGUGAGUGUGCGACAGCUGGAGCCCGACGGACACGCAGAAGAAGACUACCUGUGGUUAUCACACUGCCAGAGUCACAUCAGACCUCCUCUAGGUUCCUCCACCUCUCUUGAAACCGACUACAACGAUAACCUCUACCCGCCUCCUUCUGCCACCUCCUCCUCCUCUUCCUCCUCCUCCUCCCCAUCCCUCCUUCCCAACGGCCUCCAACCUCCGUCGUCCUCCGGCUUCAGGAUGGCUCCGUGGACGAUUGUCUCGAUGACAGGUCCUCUCAGCCAGUCACUGGAUGCCAGCGUGACCCCUGACCUCCAGAAGCGAGCAGGCCGACCUCGUUGUCACCCCUCUCCUCACCCCAGGAAGCACUCCCUGGAUUUCCACCUGCGACCCGUGGCGAUACCUCUCAGUGACGACACACACUCCAACGUGCAUCCAAAUGUGCACUCGCACACCACCAGCGGCUACCAGAUCCCCCGUCCGGCAUCCACCCCGCAACCACAACCCCCUCGCCGCCCGUCCUCUACCCCCAGUGUGGACUCUCUAACCCAGGCCGAGCUCCACGCCUCCACCCCGACUCCUCCUCCACGCCCGCCAAAGCCCCCGGCGGGUCCCGCCACGCUCCCCCGAUCCACCUCAGAGCCGGAGAGGAGGGACGGAUGUGUGGAAGGAGGAGGUGGAGGCCUGCCGAGGAGCAACACUGUCACUAUACCAGGACGUACGCAGACAGGUUGUGAGUCUUUUUACACCCCUCGGUCGCUGUCUGACAGAGCGAGCAUGUUUGACUUCAGCGAGAGCUUCAACAGUUACUUUUUUAAUAAGGGCAUGGUACCGCUGGGUAGUGUUUGCUCCGAAGAUGAUGAUGUGGAUGAAAACUACGUUCCCAUGAGUGCUGCCACCACUGAGCCUCCUGUUGCACCGAGGGUGCCUCCAGCUCCUCCCUCUGACUCCUAUAUCCAACUCCAAGAUGGCAACUACGUCCCCAUGACGCCCCUCAACCCUUCCCUUCCCAAUCACCCCAUCGCUGCCACAGUUGACCUGGCAACCCUGGGGAGGCAAGUACCUCCACCCAUCCACAUGGGCUUCCGUAACUCCACCAUGACUCCGGUCGCUCCCCUGACCCCGCCGCUCUGGAGGAAUACCUCAAACACUGCCAGCGGAAAAGAGGUCGAAGCAGUGCCCCCUCCGAUCCACCGCAACCUCAAACCACAACGCAGAGGGAUCGGUGGUACUCAGCCCGUGGAGAGUCGCGACGGACAGACUGCUGGCGAGCCGAAACAUAAAACGAGAGUGAAACCAGCUCCCCUCGACAUCGCUCCAGUGCAGCAGGACUGGCAGGAAGUCCCGCCCCCUGUCCGCUCACCUGUCACUCGAACCUUCACGCGAGAUCCGUCCAGUCGUCGGUCCGUCAGGCCAAGCUCUUCUCACAGCUCGUCCCCGUCGUCAGACUCAGACGAUCCGGACGACAGUUACGUUGCCAUGACGACCUCCAGCCUCAGUUUCAGUGCUGGGGAGCCGUCUCUUAGGCUUAUGCUGCACCGGGCUUCAGAGGGCGGAGUCAGCAGCCCGUUGCUACGGCGAGCCAGAGGCGAUAAACAGGUGGAAUACCUGGACCUGGAUCUCCACACCGGGCAAUCGACACCAACAAGACAGAAACGUUGCACGGCGGAAGGUGGAAGCGGCGGCAACAAGCAGGCCGGAGGUGGCGAGGAGCGAGCGCCACGGGGUGAGCGCACACGUGUGGACUACGUGGUGGUGGACCCCAAAAGAACCAAGGCCCUGAGGAACACCAGGGAAGCAUGGCAUGAUGGGAGGAUGUCCACAGAGAAGGAGAAAAGCUAGAAAUCCACAGACACACACAGUUAAUUAAAAACCUCUUAAUCAUCUUUGAGGCUGUAACAGGAAGAAAACAGACACAUUACUCUUUACUUUCCUUAAAAGUAAUAAAUUACUUCCUCCUUGAGAAAACUCAUUAGCUAGGAGAUGUAAUCUAUUUACUAUCUGUGAUGCCACGUUACGAUAAAAUGAAGUUACUGAGGGUUUAUAAGUUACAACGAGGUGUAAGCACAUGAAGACAGAGAUGAAAGGAUGAAUAUUCUGCAGUUUUGUCGCUUUCAAGAAAUUCAAUGGACAGACCACAGCUGACAACAAGUUAGUCCGUCUCCCCCCUAAACCGCAACGGCUCAUACUGAAGAUGUAAGAUUUAAAAAUGAGUCACAAACUCAGUAAUUUCCUGUCAUGGCUUUGGUUAUUACUCAGACCGGAAGACUACUUCCUGAUUUCAGAGUAGGGUCUCCAGUAACGGUGUAAAUGAGAAGGUGUGGGUCAACAUAAAGCAGAAUUAUUGUGAUCAAAGAGGAAACGAGUCGUCUGCACUGGUGGAGAAUGAAAACAGCAACAUUGACACAGUGACGAAGCAGAUGUUCUGUUAAUAAAUCAGAUUAAUGUCAUAAUUCAAUGAUCCUUUCAAAUCAAACUGUUACUGCUGAAUUAUUUCAUUGAUUGAUUCAUUAAGAAGUGUGUCUGUGGGGGGGGGGGGGGG